AUGUACAAAGAGGCCACCGGGAGACAGGAAAACAAGAAAUUAGUGGUAGUCAUGCUAGAGGCAGGACAAUCACCCUUAUCUGAAAAUCUACUAAGAUUGCCAUGUCCAAGGAAAUGCUCUUUACCGACGCUCACGUACCCAUUUACAGGAGUAGGAGAUGCAAUUGAGCACCUUAAAACCUAUCGCAUGACACUGACCCAAUGGGACCAUUAUGAUGUGGUGUUAUGUAAAUUAUUUCCUUCCAGUCUAAGGGAUGAAGCCCUACUAUGGUACAAUAAUCUGCCUAAAGGCUCAGUCAAAUCGUUUGCUCACCUAUCUGAGCUGUUCUUAGAAACAUACAUUCACAACAGUCGAAUCCUACCCGAAGUUGAUGCACUGUUCCAAAUUUCGAGAGGACCAAACGAGUCACUCCGUUCCCUGGUAACACGAUGGAUAAAGUUAUGUGCUGAGAUUGGAAAGGUCCCUGAGAACUAUGCGAUCUUGGGUUUUAAAAACAGUCUUAGAAAGACAGACCCUCUCUUUGUCCGCAUGUAUGAGGCCAUGCCAAAAAAUCUGGGUAAACUAAGAGAAGUCCAAGAGGACUACAUAGCCUUGGAAGAACUCCAGGACGGAACCUAUGAAAAAAUGGCAAAAGGAACUAGCAGAGGAGAAAAUGUGGUAGAGCCACAGAACCAUCCAGUGCCAGCCCAAGGAGCAGGGCGAUCCAACAAUGGAUCAACCCAGUUUGAUAAACAUCGGACUGGAGGAUGGAAAGGUUGA